CGUUUAUUGACAAUAUGGCCGUUGCACUGGGCUUGGAUUUGGAGAAAACUGUAAUUUGACAGCGCUCACCGGGUCUGCGUGAACAACCCGUUUCCACCCGAGGAGCGCGAGGAACAGAUGCAUUUGAAUGAAGGGAGCCGCCAAUGCACGGGACGGUGUCAGUGAGCUGAGGAAACGUCCAGACUGUGAAACCCGUCAUGUCGUUUUUCAAGAGGAAAGCCAAAAGCAAAGAACCAGAGCGAGUGACAGAUGCUAAAGUCAAUAGAGCUCCAGUCAGCCCUCACUCUCCAUCAUUAGGACUGAGAAACCACCAUGCCAUCCAGGAGGCUGCGGGGCCCAGCCAUGUGGCCAUCAACGCCAUCUCUGCCAAUAUGGACUCCUUCGCCCGCGGUCGCACCGCCAUCCUCAAGAAACAGCCAAGCCACAUGGAGGCUGCACACUUUGGCGACCUUGGUCAUUCCAGUGUGAACUAUCAGCCCCAGGAGACCCGCUCACGGCUAUCGAAGACGGUGGACCAGGUCCUCCGGGACAAUGUGGCGAUGCCCCACUACAUGCAUUUCAUGGAACUGCAGGGUGCCGACCACCUGGUCCGGUUCUGGUUGGAGGCAGAGAGUUUCCGCUCCACCAGCUGGUCACGAGUCAGAGCACACAGUCUGAAUUCUGUCAAACACAGCUCCUUGGCUGAGCCCGUCCCUGCCUCCCCAGAUGGCUCAGAGCUCCCAAAGACAGCCCCACACACACACAAUGCCCUCACCCGGGAAAGUAGCAAUGAAGGUCCCAUAGCGCCGCCAGAGCGGCGGGACUCCUCCAGCACAGAGGCUGGCCUGAGACCGGGCACCCCUCGAGCAGAGACCCCCAGCAAGCAGGCACCGUCCAGGACAGGGACUCCCUACAAGACACAGUCAAACAGCACCCUGCGAGACCUCUCUGACAAACUCAUGAAAAGUAUAGAGAAAGAUGCAGUUACCAUCUUCACAAAGUACAUUUCUCCAGACGCUGUGAGGCCUAUCCCCAUCACAGAACAGAUCAGAAAUGACAUAGUUGCUAAGAUAUGCGGAGAGGAUGGCAUGGUGGACCCAAACUGCUUUGUUAUUGCACAGGCCGUAGUCUUCACCAUCUUGGAGCAACAGCACUUUAGUGAAUUCCUGCGGAGCCAUCACUUCUGUAAAUACCAGAUUGAAGUGUUGACUAGUGGCUCUGUGUUCCUGGCUGACAUCUUGUUCUGUGAGUCAGCUCUCUUCUACUUCUCUGAGUACAUGGAAAAGGAGGAGGCGAUGAAUGUACUGCAGUUCUGGCUGGCGGCAGACAACUUCCAGAACCAGCUAGCAGCUAAAAAGGGCCAGUAUGAUGGUCAGGAGGCUCAGAACGAUGCCAUGAUCCUCUACGACAAGUAUUUCUCACUCCAAGCUACUAACCCUCUGGGCUUCGGCGACUCUGUGCGGAUGGAGAUAGAGUCGAAUAUCUGCCGAGAGGGAGGGCCUCUCCCUGACUGUUUCACCACUCCGCUCAGACAGGCCUGGACAACCAUGGAGAAGGUCUACAUGCCAGGCUUCCUGUCCAGCAACCUUUACUACAAAUACCUGAGUGACCUCAUCAACUCGGUGCGGGCGGAUGAAUUUGUGAAUGUCAGCACUCCAGGUCAGAGCGGGCCCGCGGACAACGACCGGCCAAGUUCAAAUGCCAGCGAGGGCUCUCACACUCAGCAAGGUGCCAAAAAGGCAGUGAUCAAGAUCCUGAAAAACUUCGAUGAGGCGAUCACCGUGGACGUCGCCAGCCUGGACCCUGAGUCCUUGUACCAGCGGCCAUACGCUGGAAAGAUGACGUUCGGGAAGGUGAAUGAGCUGGGCCAGUUUAUCAGGGAGGCAGAGCCAGAACCGGAUGUGAAGAAAUCCAAAGGCUCUAUGUUUUCUCAAGCCAUGAAGAAAUGGGUCCAAGGCAACUCAGAUGAGGCGCAGGAGGAGAUGGCGUGGCAAAUCGCCAAGAUGAUUGUCAACGACGUUGUCCACCAGUCACAUCAUGACAGCCCGGGCAAGGCCACCAAGCUAUGACCCCACCGAGGAACCAAAGGACCGCCGCUCCCUGCAGACGCCGGCCAAGCCGGCGACAAACCGUGCACAGGGUUCACCCUGCUAUGAACUGCAUUACUCUCAGAACGAACAAGGCUUUUUAUCAUAUCACCACCCCAACCACCGUGUGCGUGUGUGUGUGUGUGUGCGUGGCUGUGAGCUUGGGUGACUGAUUGUUCACGCAUGGGCUAAUGCAAAACUUGAAGUACAUCAUUGUUCCAAUCUUCCAGCUCCAUAACACUAUAAAGGUACACGUGUAGUCGGCAAAAGUAAAGCAAAGCAAGGUGCUUGCGUCAGACUGGAAGAAGUCGCUCCUGAGGAAGGAAACAUUCGCCAUGACGCUAGAAGAAAAGUGGCAUAAAGAAGCAGCAUCUCAGUCAGGACUGUCACCGUGUUGCUGUAGCCAUAGUGUUUGUACAACGUCUUAUCUCGGACCUAUGGAGGACGUGACAAAGACUGAAUUACCCACACUCCUUCAUGACACACCUUCCCACACCUUUUAUAACCAUUCCUUGUUUUUAGAUGACAUUCUCUUUUAAGGGUCAGCUACGUAAGGAUGAAGCAGAUGAAAAUCGUCGGUUUGGAUCGUUGUACAGUUUUUGCAUACGGUUCCCUGAGCCUGCCUGGAGUAGUUCUGUCUGCUGCUCCCCCAUGUGAGCUGUCCCACCUUGGUUGUUAACUGUACGUACUGUAGAACGUCUGGAAAUGUGACAAUGAGACAGAGGAGGUUCUGAUUCAGUUGUUGGACUGGGUCGACUUCCUGUGUGAACUUCCUGGCACCUUCAGAGUGUAGAAGAUGAAAUACUCCCUAAUGAAUUCAAAUGCUCCAGUUGUGUCCAAACUCCAUAUAUAUAUAUAUAUAUAUAUAAAUAUAUAUAUGGAAAUCUACAUGAGACAUGUAGAUUUCUGGUUUACCCCAUAUAUUAAUGUUAGUCCUUUUUUAUGGUGAUGGCUUUUUUUUUAUGCAUCACUGAAACAAAUGUACAGUUAUAACCAGACUGUUCAACUGGAAAGUGUGCUCAGUGAAUUAAUUUUUUUUCUUUUCUUUUGAGCCUUACCAAGAUGUGGAAAAGAACCAGAAAAGAGUCUUGGUACUAUGUACCACUAAUGUUUUCUGACAUGUAUGUGUACUUAAUCUAUAAUAUAUUUAAAUUGUGUUCGAUUUAAAUACAAAUAUUAUGAAAUGUUU